GAGGUGGAGCCACUGGCACUCCAGGAAAAAGUAUUUAAAAUAGGGGGAGUGCACCGGAGCCUUUGUGGAUUUUGACAUUGGAGAGAGGCAGAAGCAUCACUUUAUAACAGGGAAACUACAAGUCACGGAACCGACUCCAGCGACGACGACAAAACCUGAGACAUGUGCGGAAUCUUUGCCUACCUGAAUUACCGAGUGCCUCGCACCAGAAAGGAGAUAUUUGAGACGCUGGUGAAGGGACUGCAGAGGCUGGAGUACAGAGGCUACGAUUCAGCAGGUAUCGCUGUGGAUUGCCCUAACAAGACAACCAGUGACAGCGGCAACAACAACAUCUGUUUGAUCAAGAAGAAAGGCAAAGUCAAGGCUCUGGAUGAGGAGCUAUACAAGAACGACUCCGUGGACCUGGACCAAGAGCUGUGCACGCACUUCGGCCUCGCUCACACUCGCUGGGCCACACACGGAGAGCCGAGCGCUCUCAACUGCCACCCUCAUCGCUCUGACAAGUCAAAUGAGUUUGUCGUCAUCCACAACGGCAUCAUCACCAACUACAAAGAGCUGAAGGCGUACCUGAUCACCAAAGGGUAUGAGUUUGAGUCCGAGACAGACACGGAGGUGAUCCCGAAGCUGAUCAAAUAUGUGUACGACAACCGGGAGGACGACAACAUCACCUUCUCCACGCUGGUGGAGAGGGUCAUUCAGCAGCUGGAGGGGGCCUUCGCUCUGGUGUUUAAAAGCCGUCAUUACCCUGGAGAGGCCGUGUCUACCAGGAGAGGAAGUCCGCUGCUCAUUGGUGUGCGAAGCGAGCACGAGCUGUCGACCGAGAACAUCCCCAUCCAGUACAACAGUGGUCGCUACAAGGAGGAAGUCCACGAGAAGAACAGCCAUAACAGGCCCGACUGCUCCAAUGACAUGAACUCUGUGGGCGAUGGAAGGGCUGUGGAGUAUUACUUUGCAUCUGACGCUAGUGCCAUCAUUGAGCACACCAACAAGGUGUUGUACAUGGAGGACGACGACAUCGCAGUCGUGACCGGAGGGAAACUCUCCAUCCACAGGAUGAACCGGCAGGCCGGUGAAGAUCCAGUGAGAGCAAUUCAGACCCUACAGAUGGAGAUGCAGCAGAUCAUGAAAGGAAACUUUGACGCCUUCAUGCAGAAGGAGAUCUUUGAACAGCCGGAGUCAGUGGUCAACACCAUGAGAGGUCGCAUUUGUUUUGACUCCAACACAGUGGUCCUUGGAGGGCUGAAGGACCACCUGAAAGAAAUUAAACGUUGCAGGCGACUGAUCAUGAUUGGCUGCGGCACAAGUUUCCACGCUGCAGUGGCUACCCGACAGAUCCUUGAGGAGCUGACAGAGCUGCCCGUCAUGGUGGAGCUGGCGAGUGACUUCCUGGACCGCAACACGCCUGUUUUCAGAGACGAUGUUUGCUUCUUUAUCAGCCAGUCAGGAGAGACAGCAGACACUUUGAUGGCACUGCGCUACUGCAAGGACCAUGGGGCACUCACAGUUGGUAUAACCAACACUGUGGGCAGCUCCAUUUGCAGAGAGACUACAUGUGGAGUUCACAUCAAUGCUGGACCUGAGAUAGGAGUGGCUAGCACCAAGGCUUAUACCAGUCAGUUUGUGGCCCUCGUCAUGUUCAGCCUGAUGCUGAGUGAGGACAGACUCUCACUACAGCAGAGAAGACUGGACAUUAUCAACAGCCUCAAGGUGCUGCCAGAACUGAUAAAAAAAGUGUUGGCUCUGGAUGAGAAGAUUAAGGACAUCGCAAAUGAACUCUAUCAGCAAAGAUCCCUCCUGGUUAUGGGCCGAGGUUUCAACUAUGCCACCUGCCUAGAGGGGGCGCUGAAAAUUAAGGAGAUCACAUACAUGCACUCGGAGGGCAUCCUGGCUGGGGAGCUGAAGCACGGCCCUCUGGCCCUUGUAGACAAAGACAUGCCCGUCAUCAUGAUCAUGAUGAGAGAUGCCUGCUAUGUCAAGUGCCAAAAUGCUCUGCAGCAAGUCACAGCCAGAUCAGGCCGGCCCAUCGUCAUCUGUUGCCAGGACGACUUGGACGUGACUAAGGAUGCCUACCAGACUAUUGAGCUGCCGCAAACAGUGGACUGUCUGCAGGGCAUCCUCAGUGUCAUCCCCCUGCAGCUUUUGUCAUUCCACUUGGCCGUCCUGCGUGGAUAUGACGUUGACUGUCCCAGAAACUUGGCCAAGUCUGUAACAGUGGAAUAAUUACAGUUCACAAAGCCCAGGAGAGGGAACAGGGCACUUGUUUGUUUUUGUUUUUUUUGUUUUUUACUGUGCAAUCAAACACUAAGUGUGUGUAUGUGUGUGCGCGUGUGUGUCUAUCGUUUUGAGGACUAUUGUGAAUUUUAGACCAUCAGAACGGGGGGAUCAUUUGGAAAAGCAAAUACGUUUUGGCUAAUCCUCACUCAGUAACACUUCUUCAAAGAACCACAUAAAUAUAUGGGUGAUAUAGGUUAGAAUGAAACUUAGGUAGUAGGCACUUAGCUGCUAUGAUUAAAUUUAGGGUAAAAGGUUACAAAAUAUAUAUAUGUGUGCGUGUGUGUGCGUGUGUGUGUUUGUGUGUUUGAAUGAGAGGUAUAGGGUACAAUGGAUUUGAGUGAAAAUGUGAACUCCAAUACACUAAUACACUGAUGAGAAAUGGCCACUGUCAUAGAGGCUUUGUGGAACAGUCUAUGAAGGCAACAUUCCCACAGUCCAAGUCACCUGUUGUGCCUUUUCUGAAUCAUGAGUUGAGCCAAAAACCCGUAAGUGGCCUGGCAGAAUAGCAUCGAAAUGGUAUAUUGAAGUGUUUACAAUUGUGCAAUAGUGGGACCAAUUGUGCAUUAUGAAUGUACGCAUUUGUGAGGUGAUUACUCCUGUUCCUAGUUUUUUAAUUUCUAAUGUCCGUUUUGGACUUUUUACCUCUCUGCUACAUCAUGGAAAAACUGGGAAUUAGAGUUCUUUACAAAACAGUUUUUAAAUAUGUCAUUGUAAAGUCAUGCAGUCGCAGUGGCCGGUGGGCCAGGGACCUAUAGCUUUAUUUUUUAUUUUUUAUUAUUGUAAUUUCAUUGUAAUUUAUAGUAUAUUGUCUGUCUAUUCUGUUUAACAGAAUGGUAGGUUCCAAAGUCAGUUCAUUGUAAAAUGUGGCUCUUUUUUUUUCCAAACUCUCUAUAUUGAACUGAGCAUUUUGAAUAUUUAAAGAGCUCUCCUGCUGCAAAUAUAAAUCAUGUAUCAUGACUUGAUCAUAUCAUGUCUGCCAUUAUUCUGUAUUUAACUGACAAUUUGUUUUUAUAGGGGCCAAAGAGAGGGUUUGAUUUACAUCUUUUAUACUGUAUGUUUUAUAGACAUAUGGGCACUAUCAAUCAAUAAAUAGAUAAAUCAUUUUA